GGACGAUGAGCGAUGAUAGUACGAUUGCACAACUAGUGGACUAGACUUACGUUACUGACUUAUACGUGUCGUAGGUUCUAUCUGAGAAGAAUAAUUAAUUACUGAUUUUACGCACACGCUUGUAUAUUGUUAUUACUUGCACAUAAUACGCAUAAAAUCGUAUAUCUCGGACAAAAUUCAUAUCAAUGCCUGCAAUCAAAGGUCUUGAGCGAUGACGAAAAUUUGGCUCAAUCCAGAAACGGAGAGGGACCAGUCGUAAUAAAUUAUUCCGGAUACGCCCUCGCGAAUUGUAUAACAAAUAGUGAUCAUGGUGGGAGAGUCUUUGUUCCCGUAAGGGGAAGGCAAGGUGUAUAAAAGACACCGAAGUAAUCGAGAAUAGCAUCGCAGUUUUCGCAGCGAAGACAACCACUUACGCUACCUUCAUCAAAAUGAUGUUCAAAAUCUUUGCUAUCGUCGGCGCUCUCUUCGUGGCGGCCUGUACCGCUGGAGUGGUACCAGCGAUUCCGGCAGCGGUGCCCGCGGCUCUGACAGUCGGGACCUACGCUAGCAGUUACAACGCGCACGCUGUCAAUCAUGCCAUAGCCGCUCCAUAUCUGGCGGCUGCACCCGCACCAUUGGCAUAUUCCGCCCUGCCGGCCGCAUAUUCCGCCCUGCCGGCCGCAUAUUCCGCUCUGCCGGCCGCAUAUUCCGCCCUGCCGGCCGCGUAUUCCGCUCUGCCGGCUGCGUAUUCCGCCCUGCCGGCCGCGUAUUCCGCCCCGAUCAUCGCCGGAAGACGCUGAAUAUUUUGAGAAAACUAGAUGCUGAAAAUUAGACACCAAACCGACCUCGAGAUCCGAUCUGUCAAUUAUUGCUACAAUAUUGAUUUCCCUUUCAAUUGUUGAUUUUUUUUUUACAUUGUGAAUGUAAUAUAGUCUCGAUAAUACAAUGUUUUCGUCAAAUUCAUAUCUACUUCCCAUCCUCUGUAUCAGUCUUAGAUAUAUUUCGGCCCCCGAAACUCCGACUAUAUACGAGGAUUAUAUCGUUGUGGAAAUUUUGAUGUCGAUCGCCCUGUAAUCAGUGAUUAAGAUAAUAAUCGGAAUUUGAUCGAAGCGAUCUUUAAUUUUGUACAAUAGUUCCUGACGUGCAAUUUUGUAAAUCGAUCAAUCUUUUAUAAAUUCUUUCUUUUUUUUUUUUUGAGUUGCAAUAAAAUCUGUUGUAUACAAGAAGACAUGUAUAAUUUAUUUCAUAUCUAGAAAUAUACUUGCGUAAGGGGAGAGAAUUGAUGUGUUAUACACAAGGAGUCAUUUCAAUCGACGAGAUGAUUCAGGGAAGAAAUUUCUUAAUGAACCAUUUAUUCUCGGGAGAUUUCUCUGCAAAAAGAAUAUUUUUCAGAAUGAGGAGGAAAAUACACCAUCAAUUUACUUAUUCCAUUGUCAUGUUCUAUUAAUAUCACUUACAAUAUAUUAAAUGUUAAUAAACCUGAUACAAAUAUAUUCUGUGCCACAUUUUGUACUUGUAAACAUUUCUUUUGAAUUUUUUUCUUUUGUCAUGUGUGUGUGUUCGUGUGUGUACGUAAAUGUAUAUUUAUAUCUUAGUAAAUGUAUCUCGCGUUUGUUGUGUCCUUAUAUUAUGCACAAUGCACAAACUAUAUGCUUGGACAAAUAAAACGCAGAACGCGUUUAAGUAAGAGAAUCGACAUGAGGAUAAAAUGGUAACUAUCCUUAAUGGCAGAAGCGUCGUAAAAAAAAAGUCUACACGAAAGAAAUUGAUAAAAUGUUCUUAAAAUAAUCGUAUAUCUCUUUCAGUGUGCACGAAUAAUGAAGCGUAAUUAAAUAAUCGACGAUAAAUGUGACAGAAAUGAAGGAGACAAUGCGAGACAUCACAUUGUCCCCCUCUUUAAUCGCUACAUUCAGCUAAAAAAGCUGCAUAUACAA